AUUGUGUUAUUCCAAAUAAUCCUUAUUAUACAGAUUCGUAAAAUGUUAUUUGUUUUAAAGUUACACGAGUAUGAUAAAAACUAUCAGUUUAAAAUCAAUUCAAACCGCGAUGAACCUAAACAAUUGGGCUCGAAAAACACACUCCACGCAAUUAAACAAUCUAAUAUAAAGAUCCAUUUUUUAAAUUUCAAAAACUAGCCAGGCGUUACGUUGGUUCAAUAUAUGCGUGUAGAUUUAAAGCGUUAUUCAUAUUCGUUUAUAUGUGACCUAGGCUUUUCCUGAGAAUAAGUGUAAAUAAUAAUUUCUGACUGUUUGCAUUUUUAUAGCGGUUUGUUUGAUGAGGUAUUCAUCCACAUGAUUACCAGCGUGUGACGUAGAGAAAGUGACAGUAUAUUUCAACCUUAUUAUUGGCCAUACAAAGCUGGUUACUAGGGAGUAAAGCCUUUGACUGACGGAUUAACAUCUAUGUAGUAAUUAUAACUACGAAUGUGUAUAGAAAGAAAAAUGCUUUAAAUUUAUUUUUAAUCCGGUGGGUGUUUUUACAAGGUAAUUUAUAUGUGACACGGUUCAAUGGACUGUAAUGAGCAGGUAUAGACAGCACAGCGACACACAGAACUAUGAUGAAGUGAGAGCGAAGGAAAUAUAAACAAACCGUUAAAACAAAACACGAACAGACAACAGAACGAAUCAAUAACAUAUGGAUGUGUUGAAAUAGUCGACAGUGAUAUUUUUUCUGGAUUUAACCAAUUAAAACAUAGGUAUAAUAAGAAAAUGGCUGAACGUUCGAGAUCUAAGCAUAAGGUGAGGUCACCUAGAAUGAAAGCUUCUCAUAUUCAGUAUGCUCCCGAGGGUAGACGAGGCAAUGUUUAUAUCGAUGAGGAAGGUAGGCGGAUUUAUAGAACAUCUGGAAAAAGUGGACAUUCAAAGCGAUACGUUGUCAUGGAUGAUGGUGAAUUGAAACGCGGUGAACGACCGGAAAAAAUAGAAUACCAACAAGAAGAAACAGAAUAUGAAACUCUUAGUGAAGCUGAUUCAGAAUAUAUGGUCCCAGUACGUCCAAAAGGACAAAAUACUUCAACUAGAAGAGUAGUGGAAGGACGACCACGUGUGCUAACGAGAAGAGCUAUAGCAGAAGAUGAGCGACCCGUACUAAGGACCAGGGAUGGAGACACAAUGAGAAGUACACGCGUUUCACGUUCAAGGCCUGCGAGUGAUUAUGUCGUCCGGCGCAAUGAUACUUUGAAUAAUCGUGAGGAAUUGUUUGUACGGUCAGGACGACCAGCUAGUGAAGUACUUGUACGACCUUCACGUGAACGUGUGGUAACAAGAAGAGUUGUGGAUGAUUCAAAUUUACGUGAACGUUAUGUUGUAAGGAGUCGACCUUCUAGUGAAAAACGAAUCAUAGAUAACAGAGAUGUAGAGCUUGUCAGAAGACCGAGAUCCGAAGAACGAGUAACGUAUGUUAAAAGGCCAGUAUCUGAAGAAACAAAUGUAAAAUACGUUACUAGGAAUAGCUUUCGAGACCGACAACCUAUUGGGUAUGUUACGAAAGAACAAGUAGCCGAGGAAAGGGCUUUGAAAAGACAAGAAUAUAUAGAUUACCCACAAGAAUAUAUAAUUCAACGUCCGCCAACGCGCGACGUCGGUUGUCAGAUGACUACAAAUUACGUCAUACAACCGCAGCCAAAACAGAGAAAACUUUUACGUAAUGUACAAACGCAGACUUUUAAGAAGCCAAAGCAACGAAAAAUCAAAACUUAUUAUCAACGAGAAACAGUGGAAGUCGUAAAUGAGCCGGAUCCACCUACGCCAAGGGAGCCUACUCCUAGAACUCCGACUCCACCACCGCCGCCACCGCCGCGAAUUCUUACGCCUGAACCACCAAGACAACCGAAACCACCUAAAAAGAAGAAACCAAAGAAGGAGAAAGAAAUGCAGUUGGUUGUUAAGCAACCAAAUCUUCCCGAACCAGUUUAUGACAGAGUGGAGGAUUUAGAAGUUGUAGCUGGCUCGUCCAAAAUUUAUUAUGAAGCACCUAAAAAGAAAGAACAUUUGAUUAAGAACCCCGAGCCCGAUCCACCAAGAUAUGCUUAUUACGAACCCUCGGAGUAUACGGCGUCUAAGAAAAUUGUUUCCACUGAAAAGGACAUAACUGCGGAAUCUACUUCCAGUAGUAGAAGUUCGAGCAACAACGAGCGAGUUAAAACAGCUGACAACUUUUACACUGUACCUCUGACAGGAAGCACAACAUUUUAUGGACCGUUUUUCAAAAAAGAAAACACAUACCCUCCAAAACGAAAAUCGUCAAAGAAUAGAAAGAAACGAAAACAAACGACUACAUAUGAACGCCCACGAUAUGUUGAAACUGCAAAACGACAGAGGAAGAAGCACCCACAUGUUGCAAAGUGGUCUAGAAAAACUUCUGAGGAUUCUGCUCCGCCCCAGGUUGAAACUUACUUAAAAAAGGUUCCUGUUCUAAUUCAUGAUUAUGGCAAUAUUCCACGGUCAUCACUUAAACAAUCUGGUACCCAUUCGAAGAAGAAAACACGUGGUCAUGUACAGAUUGAAGAAUAUGGCGCCAAACUAUCACAUGGUCCUUCCUUUUAUAUGAAUGACAGUAAAAAUGGUAAACUUAAAUCUUCUGGCGAUUAUAGUACUCAUUCGACCCUGUUAUAUGUAAAUCCAGAAACGGAAAACGUAGAACCUUUGAAAUACACCGGGGAAAUAGAGACCCAGAUCAAAGACAAACGAAAGUGGAACGAACAGGAAGAAGAACCUAGAUAUGUAGUGAUUCCGGGGUUUGACGAUCAUUCUAAACCUAAAAUAAAGGAUGUGAUCGACAAUACUGCCAAACAUUUUGACGAUGACCCAUUAGUUAUAGUGGAAGAUUCCAAGUUCCCGAAUAGAAGAAAACUGAGUUUAAAAAGUCAGUCUGACAUGGAUGACACGUACUUAACUCCGAUUUCUCAUGGACAACAUACAGACAAAUGGGUUAAGAAAACAACAGAGGAAAAACCAAAAAAGCAAAAGCUUAAAGGAAAGGCACAUAUGGUACGUGUUGGUGGGGGUUGGAUGAAAGUUGAACACCAUAGAAAUCAUCAUACACCAUUGAAGAUUUACGAAAUACCCCGUGACGCAAAUGAUGACAAGUUUCUCUAUAUAAAGUCUAGAUUCAAUCCGAACAGAAAGGAAGUUCCAAUAGCAUACAAAAAAUACCGAGAAGAAAUAGUGCGUGGAUGAAUUUAUCAGAAAUAGUUCAGAAAUGUAAAUGCUCAAUUAUACACAAUUUAAGAAAGUUUAGCUAAACGGCCUAGUUUUUCCUGGUUAGAUAUAUGAAAAUAGUGAACAGUAGAUCUUUAUUUAUAUGGAUACUUAUCUUAACGCUUUGUUGGAAAGCACAUGUCUCAUACUUGAAUUCUGCACCAGGUGUCCAAUUAUCAAAACGAGGCUUCAUUGUGAAAACAAUUGGAUUAUGGUGUUCUUGUUUUAUAGAGUUGUAGGACUAAUGAUAGAAAUUUUCCCGUUUAACUAAAAUCAUUGAGAAGCAUCUUAUUAUUAUGUUUCAAUACAACAAAAGAUAUAUAAUUAAGAAAGGAUUGUGAAAGUGUGUGUGUGCAGAAUGUUAAGACAACAAAGCAUGGAUUGUAGUUAUAUGCGUACAAGAGGUUUGGAACCUUUUGAAAAAUGUGAUAAAAUAUUUUGUGAUAUCCCUUCCGAUUUAUUCGCCUUAAAUUGUUAUUUUAUGUUGUUUUUGUUACAUUUAAUACAUUUUAUUCUUAUUUUGUUGUUUAACUCCGUCCACAUUUUCAUGGUUUAUGUAACCAGCAAAAAUAGUCAAGAACCUAAAAAACUUUUUCAAGUCGGCAAUGUGGCUAAGAACGUUUUUAAUAAGUUACCAAUAAACGUUUAAGAAUUAACUGCGUAAAAAUAAGUUAUAUAAGUAUUAAUCCUUUACUAAUUGCACAAAGGGUAUGACAAAAUGAUACAUGCGUGGAAGAAUAUGUCAAAAAAUGUGAAAAAUAUAAAAAUGACUUGCAGAAGCAAGACAUGUGAUUUUGUUCACAUAUUUGAUCCGUGUUGCAUACCGUUCUUGUUUUGGUGCUGACAGCAGUUCUGUUUCUUGCUGGGUUAUUUUGUACUAUUUAUGAAAUAUAUUUUCUUGACAGAUAAUAAAAUAUUCUUAACUUUCA